CCCAAAGUAUUGAAAUUACAGGUGUGAGCCACCACACAUGGCUGUUUGUUUAAAAUAGAGUAAAUAGACCUGCUGAAUAUGUUGAUGAGAGGAUUAAUUGUAAUCUGUGCAGCAAUUGUCUGACUAUUGCCUUGAACAUCACAGACCAUCUGAGUGGCGAGUAUAAUCAUCAUCAUGUUUAUACGUAAAAUUCAGAAAUAUCUGAAGCCUGUGUGGCUAAAUAAAAGCAUACAAAUACAAUGAAAAUAUCAUUCUAAGUGAGGCUUAGUAAAUGGAUGAAAUAGUUGCUUCAUUUGCUGUUAUCUAUAUCUACUUUCCUAGCUCUCAAAAGUCCAUGGCCCUGUGUUCACUCUGUAUUUUGGCCUGGAACGCAUGGUGGUACUGCAUGGAUAUGAAGCGGUGAAGGAAGCCCUGAUUGAUCUUGGAGAGGAGUUUUCUGGAAGAGGCCGUUUCCCACUGGCUGAAAGAGCUAACAGAAGAUUUGGAAUCGUUUUCAGCAACGGAACAAGAUGGAAGGAGAUCCGGCGUUUCUCCCUCAUGACACUGCGGAAUUUUGGGAUGGGGAAGAGGAGCAUUGAAGAUCGUGUUCAAGAGGAAGCCCGCUGCCUUGUGGAGGAGUUGAGAAAAACCAAGGCCUCACCCUGUGAUCCCACUUUCAUCCUGGGCUGUGCUCCCUGCAAUGUGAUCUGCUCCAUUAUUUUCCAUAAACGUUUUGAUUAUAAAGAUCAGCAAUUUCUUAACUUGAUGGAAAAGUUUAAUGAAAACGCCAAGAUUUUGAGCAGCCCCUGGAUCCAGAUCUGCAACAAUUUUUCUCCUAUCAUUGAUUAUUUCCCGGGAACCCAUAACAAAUUACUUAAAAACAUUGCUUUUGUGAAAAGUUAUAUUUUGGAGAAAGUAAAAGAACACCAAGAAUCGAUGGACAUGAACAACCCUCGGGACUUUAUUGAUUGCUUCCUGAUCAAAAUGGAGAAGGAAAAGCACAACCAACAGUCUGAAUUUACUAUUGAAAACUUGGAAAACGCUGCAGUUGACUUGUUUGCAGCUGGGACAGAGACGACAAGCACAACCCUGAGAUAUGCUCUCCUUCUCCUGCUGAAGCACCCAGAGGUCACAGCUAAAGUCCAGGAAGAGAUUGAACGUGUGAUUGGCAGAAACCGGAGCCCCUGCAUGCAGGACAGGAGCCACAUGCCUUACACAGAUGCUGUGGUGCAUGAGGUCCAGAGAUACAUUGACCUCCUCCCCACCAGCCUGCCCCAUGCAGUGACCUGUGACGUUAAAUUCAGAAACUAUCUCAUUCCCAAGGGUCAUGAGAAAGAAAAGCCAGAUCUCCUUACGUGUCUUUCCAUCGCUAAAAAUGAUCCUAACAGGAAGAGAAACAAAAACAAGGAGGGAGGUCCUAGGCAAGAAGAGGGAGCUGAUUUUCAACAGCCACACAUAUGGGCCAAGGAAAAGGACAACCAACAGUCAGAAUUCACUAUUGAAAACUUGGUUGGCACUGUAGCUGAUCAAUUUGUUGCUGGAACAGAGACAACAAGCACCACUCUGAGAUAUGGACUCCUGCUCCUUCUGAAGCACCCAGAGGUCACAGGUAGGACCACAGAUGAUGAACAAAGUGAAUUUAAGAACAAUGCCGAGAAGAUGGUGCCAGUGUCCUCCACCUUAUUUCUCUCAGGGAAGCUUCAUUCCUUAAAUUUCUGUGUCAUCAGCUGUAAUCUGUCUAAAUUUGAUGACAUGAUUAAAAAGGACAUCUCUGCACAAUGGAGGAGGAUGACUGAGAUCAGUAAAAACAGUAUGGCAGUAGCAAAAUAA